AUGGUGUCUUACGAUCCUCCGUUCGGAUAUUCCCUUCGUGUGAACGGUAGCUGCCCCGAGCGUACUAAGCAAUGUAGGGCUACCUGGGAUGGUUUUGUUGCCUGCUGUCCAUCGGAAAGCACCUGCAAGGUAUCAGACAACAACAAAAAUCCGAUCUGUUGCCCGAACGAGGCAGAUUGUCGGGAACCGCUUUUCCGGAUAGCUCAUUGCGCCAACGCAAGCUGGACCAUGUACGAACAUUAUGGCCUCUUCUGCUGUAAGGAAGAAGACCAGGGGUUUUGGACAUCAAAAAAGAAAUACAAUGAUAGUGUCGGGUGCGCAAAACAGCCCGAGGGGGCUUCCCACACAAUCCUGAACCCAAUAGUGCAAACUAUCUCGUCCACGACCUUCACGUACCCUCGUAUAGCAACUUCAACGUCUACCGCGACAUCUACAUCUGCAUCCGCGCCUCAUACGUCCGAAACAUCUACAUCUGAUUAUGUAUCCAGCUCUGAUGAUGACCCCAGAGGUGCAAUCGCUGGUAUUGUUGUUGGUUGUGUGGCUGGUGUCGCUCUGAUCGCUGCCUUGGCCUGGUACUUGCUUCGGCGUCGACGACAAAAGAAACAAUUUGGACCAGGUUCAGAUUUACAACCACCCCCCGGUUAUCGUAAAAACCCGGAAUCUUUGCCUCAGGGUGAGCUGACUGAGUUGCCGUCGAGUCCGCCCAGUCAGGCGGUCCAUGAGGUUCAUGAACUGCCGGAGACCACAGAGACCCGGUAG